AUGACUUUAUUGCUAACUGUUUAUAUUCAUCAUAGAAAUAAUAUUUUACAAGUAACAGACCAACGUGUAAAGAUUAUGUCUGAAAUAAUUAAAUCAAUACGUAUUGUUAAAAUGUAUUGUUGGGAAAUGGCAUUUGAUAAGAAAAUUCGUCAUGUAAGAAGAUGUGAAACUAUUCAAUACAUGUUUAGUUUGAUAUUCGAUUGUGUUCAAAUGCUCUUUUCACAUACAUACAUCAAUGUAACAUUUUUGAUGAUGUAUGGAACAAUGUGGUGGCUCAACAUUCGAUUUGAUAUACGCUUCUUUGCAGUUGCAUCAUGUCUACUUGGUCAUAUGAGAUUGACUGUUGUCGAAUUUUUUAAUAAUGCUGUAAAAGAUCUUGUUCACUAUAUGGCUGCUCAAAAAAGGAUACAGAAUGGAUCAUUUUGUCUGAAAAAUAUUGUAUUUGAUGCUCAUCCAGGUGAUUUGAUUUGUAUUAUUGGACCUGUUGGAGCUGGAAAAAGUUCUCUUUUGCAAACACUCACUGGUGAAAUUGCAAUUUUUGAUGGAAAAGUUCGAAUGUAUGGUUCAUUUUGUUAUGUACCACAAGAAUCAUGGAUAUUUUCUUCAACUAUUAAAAUGAAUAUUCUUUUUGGCAAAGCAUAUGACCAUAACUUAUUUUGGACUGUUGUUAAAGCAACUGCACUUGAUACAGAUUUUGUUCAAUUACCUGAUGAGGAAAAUACUCUUGUUGGUGAUCAAGGUAUUAUGCUAUCAGGAGGUCAAAAGGCACGUGCUAGUAUGGCCCGAGCACUCUAUCGAAAUGCAGAUAUUUAUCUUCUUGAUGAUCCUUUAUCUGCUGUUGAUGUCAAAGUAGCUAAACAUCUCUUUCAAAAAUCUAUUAAAAACUAUCUUGCUGACAAGAUUUGCAUAUUAGUUACACAUCAAAUUCAAUUCUUACAAAAUGCAACUAAAAUUAUUGUACUCAAUAAUGGUGAAAUGGUACAAAUUGGUAGUUACACUGAUCUGCUUGCUUCAUCAUCAUCGUUUGCUCGUUUACUUGAUGAUAUUCAUCAAUUUGAACAACAACAUUCUAUUGAACUUCAUCAACAACAAUCGAUUAUUAGUUCCACUUCUUCAGAUGUUGAUGAGGAAACAUUAGCACUUUCGAAAAAUGUUGAAACAAAACAUAAGGGUAUAGUCAAAUGGCAUGUAUAUGUUGCAUAUUUAAAGGCUGGUGUUGGUAUUAUUAUGGGUUUGUUCAUCGUCCUUAUUGUGUCAUCUGUGAGAGAAGCAACAUCAAUAUUCUGUAGUUGGUGGUUAGCAAAAUGGAGUGAUGAUGAAAGUUAUCGAUAUCGAAUUUUGAAUAAUUGUACAAGUGUUCAAAAUACUAAUAAUACGGUAUGGUCUAUGAAUAAUACAGAAUGGAAUAAUCAUCGAAAUCGACGAUUCUACAUUUAUUGUGGUUUGUAUUUAAAUAAUGAUCGAAUUGUUUGA